AUGGGCACUGUCCACCUCGCCGGCCUCCUCCUCGGCCUCCUCGCCUCGCUCACACUCCUCGCACCACCACCACUCCUCACCCUCCUCCUCGGAAUCCUCACCGGCCUACUCCUAUCAACAACCCAAACAUGGGACACUAUCCGCCUCCUCCUCUCGAAACUGCCCUUGGGAACAUCAUCAGCAACGACGACGGAUGAACACGGUGGAUACGCGUACGGGAUGGAUCACGCGUUACUCAAUCUUCAACCCCCGGCAACGUUUUGGCUGAAUAUGGGGCUUUGGAAGUCGGUGGAUAAAAGCGACUUUGUGGGAGCGUGCCGUGCGCUGGCACAAGUUGUCAUCGACGGACUCGAACUGAAGGAUGGGGACAGAGUCUUCGACUUCGGCUACGGCUGCGGCGACCAACUACUCCUCCUCCUCUCUCAACACCCACACACCAUCGUCACCGGUGUCACCUCCGAAUCAGCCCAAGCGCUCCUCGCCGCCUCCCGCCUCCCGCCCCACACCCCCACCACAGCCCUUUACAUCGGCGACGCCGUCAACCCAUCCUCCUGGCGUAAACCCGCCAACUCAAACAUCCACCACGUGCCCAAGCCCGACCAAACCUACGACGCAAUCCUAUCCCUCGACUCCUGCUACCACUACACCACCCGCCUAAAAUGGCUCCACCUCUGCCACCAAAUGCUCAAACCCAACGGCCGGUUCAGCUGCACGGACCUCCAACUCGGUCCCGGCUACGCUCGCGCCGUCCAAAGCUCCAGAAUAUCAGAUAAGGUCAUGUUGUUGAAACUCCGCGCGGCGUUGUACCUCACCGGCGCACCCUGGGCCAAUUUCCUAACUCCCCCGGCCUACAUCGGUCAAUAUCAUUCAGCGGGGUUUACGGAUGUGGUGGUGGAGGAUAUUUCCGCAAACGUGUUUCCUGGGUUGGGGCGGUUUAUCAAAGCGCAUAGAGAGCGGAUGGGUGGGGUUGUGGGGGAGGGGAAGUGGGGGCAGUAUGAGAUGGCGGGGAGGUUGUUUGGGUGGUUGUGGGAGGAGGGGCUUGUGAGGUUUGUGGUGGUUAGGGCUAGGAGGGGGUAGGGUAGUGUAUGACAUGAUGGCGAGGGUAGGGCCUAGCAUGUAUGAAAUGUAUAUACGUAGUUCUUCUGAUUGUUCAAACGAUGUACAUACAGCGACCGUAAACGAUGGCAUCGCGCGGCGAUUGUUUUUGACAUGAACACACAAAGACGAAAAUUAUAGAGGUAACCUCCCGCCCAUACCUGAAUGAUCUUCUCCUAACCUAAGCACGUUUCCAACCGUGGUGAUACCCUAACCACGCGCGCAAAACCUCACCUCCCUCAUGACCAUUAGAUCCCCUCCUGGUUUCUAACCCCACAGCUCCCUCAAUAACCCCCCUUAUAAC